AUGCCAUAUAAUCCGGAAAGGAAGAAAAUAAUUGACAUUGGGGUGUUCAUCUAUUUCUUUAACGAAGAAGAAAUAUCAUGUUUAUCUAAAGAAGAAAUUGAUCUCUCGGAUUUACCGAAAAAUCCAUCUCCUUUAUUUAAUUAUGCACAAUAUUUACACAUCCUUGAUAUUGGAGCUAUUGAAAAAGCAACUGAUGCUUGGAUGAAGAAUAAUUUUGGUUUUGGUUUACAAAAUCCACAUCAUCCAGAUGAUUAUUCUAUAAAAAGGAUGAAAAAAAGCUUAGCACAAUUACCUUUACCUAUACAACAAGGAACAAAGAUAAUCAAUGAGGAAUAUCCUUCAAUACGAGCAAAAAAUGCCAUGAUUGAUUCUUUAUGUAAAAUGUUUAUGAGAAGCGCAUUAAAUUUGAAAUAUCUUAUUCUAAGCCCUUAUGAUCCUGAUAAAGAUAUGCCAAGAAGUAGGAUUUUUAUCGAUAAUGAACCUGGAUUGGCAAAUUUACGAAAACUUAAGGUUCGUUUUUACGCGAAUUUGAUAGAUCAGCACGAGCGAAGGGAGAAUUUAUAUGACCUUUUAAAAUUAUUACCAAAUGUUUGUAACGGACUAGUUCAACUGGAUGUUAAUAGAAUAAUGGUUCCAAAUUGCGUGAUUGCGGAAAUAUUAACGGGAUUAAUCAAGUCACAACCAGAGUUAACUUAUUGUCGUUUUUAUAAGGUAUAUGGAGACAUGAAUAAGUUGAUCGGUGCGUUACCUGUUCAUAAAUUGACGAGUUUGGUGUUGGAUGACUUGAUCCUUUCAGGGUUAUCUUUGUCCUCACUUUCACGUAGUACCAGAUUAGAAUAUUUAGUCUUUAGAAAAUGUCGUUCAUUAUCAAUUGAAUUAAUUCAACCUAUUCUUAAAGCCCCCAUUAAACUAAAGUAUUUGUAUCUUAGUGAUUUACCAAAUGAUGUUUUAAAAGCUAUCAUCAUUAAGUCGAGUGAAGCGUUGGAACAAGUUUCGAUUAAAUUUAGAUCAGAAGAUAUUAGCGAGGGACUUGAAACUUUAGUGAAUCAUUGUCAAAAUAUUACACACUUAUCCUUAAGUGCCUAUAAUGGACCAGUUGAUAUAUUAAGCGUAAUAUCUAUUAUAAGUCUUUUAAAACAUAUUACUCAUUUAAAAUUAAGUUUUGCCAAUAUCAACAUUGGGGAUGAAUUGGAGAAUGGAUUUUCAAAGCUUCAAUUAGAAAAAUUGCAAUAUUUGGAACUAAUUAAUUUUGAUAUUAUACAUUUAAAGGGUUACCUUUCUAAAUGUUGUUCACCUUUAUCUACUAUCAUUAUGGAUGUUAUUGAAGAGUCAAAUCUUCAAAUCUUUUUGGAUUUUUCAAGAGAGAGAAAUACCUUGAAGUGGGUUGGGUUUGACUAUAUUCAUCCUGAAAAAUAUUUAAAAGUUUGUCAAAGAAUUAAUGAAUCGGCUGAUUGUCAUUUUCAAAUUUUUCAUGCAAAGCAAGUUAGAAUUAGGGAAAAAUACUUUUAA